AUGGAUAUUAAACGAUCUAGCGAGAUGAUGAUAUGUACUGCAUCAAUAAAUCACCUUUUUCUUAAAAUCAGUUUUUCCCCAAGUACUCUUCCGGAGGACAUCUCCGAAGAGAUCUUAUUAAGGUUACCGGUGAAAUCUCUUCUAAGAUUCAAAUCCGUCGGUAAAUCCUUCUAUUCCCUAAUUCGUAGCCCUAAUUUUGUUAAUAAACAUAAUAAUCGUAAUAUCCAGAAAAACAACAUUACUCUUAUUUACCAUAAUUAUGGUUGUCCGCCUACGUUUACAGCCCAAACCAUAUCGUUAAAAUCAUCACUACUCUUUCCAUCAACUGAAUGUCAUAGUGUUUACUCAUUCAUACACUUGAGAUGGGAAAUUGAUUCUUUCUGUGGUUCUUGUGAUGGAUUAGUAUGCGUAUCUUGUAUUACAAAUGAACUUAAUUAUUACAAUUUUGAGGAACUGAUUGUUAUUUUGAAUCCGUCGACUACGGAGUUUAAGGAAAUACACAUUCCGCAGAAACUGAGUGAGAAUUGGAGCAUAAAGCUGACAAGUUUAUUUUGGUUUGGUUAUGAUUAUAAGAUUGCUGAUUACAAGUUGGUUAGAGUCGUGGACUUUGAUAGAAGUCGUAAACAGAGUUUUGAGGUUGAGGUUUAUACAUUAGGAGCGGGUUUGUGGAGAAAGAUUGAAAAUGUACCUUACAUAUUUGAAAAACAUCAACCUGGGGUGCUUGUCAAUGGUGCACUUCAUUGGUUUGUCGUUUCCAGUAUGAAACAAGUGGAAGUUCUAGUCUCUUUUGAUAUCACUAAUGAGAGGUUUGUGGAGGUGUCACUGCCUGAAGAGCGUUUGACAUAUCCAGAAGAUUUUAAAUGCGAUAAGAAAUUGGGGGAGCUGGGAGGCUGUCUCUGUUUGCUUUUUCAUGUUUUUUGUGUUCGGGUUGAUGUGUGGGUUAUGCAAGAGUAUGGAGUCAGGGAAUCAUGGACUAAAAGCUUCACGAUAAAUGGAGACACUGUUACGAGAUCAUUAUAUUUGAGUCUCGAAUGGAGUUUUUCAAACAAUAAGAUUUUAUUGCACUGUGAUGACAAGUUAAUCUUAUAUGACCCGAAGAAUGGAAGAUAUAGAAAACUUGCAGUUGUUCAGAUUGAUACAUGUACGGAUGCAGUGAAGUAUGUGGCUAGUCAUGUUUCACUUAACUCUGGAAGAUAUUUAAUGCAAAGUUGGAAAGAGAAGAAUCAAUCAAAAGCGUAA